AUGUUUUAAUUCAAAAAGAUAGCCAAAUUACCAUUAAUUCUAAUUUUAUGCGAAUGUGGAAGAGAGUUUCUAUAAGAAGAAAUGUAUUGUUGUCUAUCGUAAUUAUUAUUUGUUUAUCUUAGAUGUUAGAACAGUAUUUGUAGAUAUUGUACAUCAAAUGAAAUUUUUUGCUAUUAUUGUAGAAGUUGUGGAGAUGUCUAAAUUACAAGUGAAGCUUCCAACCUUACUAUAAGUUGUAGUUCUUGUUUUGAAUGUCCAAUUUGUAAAAAUGUAUUACGUAGGUAAGUAGAUACAGAAAAGAAUUAUGGAUUCAUAUGUUCAUAUUGCUUUUAUACAACAAGGACUAUUGGAGUUACAGAUCCAAAUUUUUAAUAAGUUUAUGCUAAAAUUAAUAAUGCUUAUAAAAAUGAAUAUGAAGCUGAAUAUAAGGAUUUUUAGGAAUAAUAUAAUCGAAUAAAAAGUAUUGAGAAUAAUAAUUUAAUCAUUAAAAAAUAAUAAAAAAAUAAACAUGUUUUAAAAUCAUUAACUUAAUCAUGUCCUAAAAGUGAUGCCUUAACUCAUUAUAGUAAUAGUGAAAUUGAAAAAAUUGCAAAAGAGAAAAACUUAAAAGUUAUUUUUUAAAGAUAUAAUUUAGAUUUGAAUAAUAAAUAAGUUUAAUUACAAGAUUUUAAUCCUAUAUAACAACCUCCAACAUAAUUACCAAUACCUUUAGGAUUAUNCAACUGUUGAUUUGACUGCUACUAAUGGUAUUUAAAUAUAUAUAUUAAUAAAUAGAAAAAAUUGAUUCCAUGGUUGAAUUUAGAGAUUAAAGAGCAGCUGAUUAAAAAUAAUACACUGCUGAAUUAGAAUUAGAGAACAAUACUUAUGCUGAAGAAACCGAUAUCUAUACCAACACUAAAAAUGAAUUCACCAGAGAAUUGGGAAUCAGUGAAUAAGCUUUAGCUCUUGUUUAAAGCGUAGAUUUCUCAAACAUUUAGGUUUGA